GGUACGGAGUUUGUGAUGUGCGUGCCCCGCUACCGUGGCCACGCUGAGUGGCACAAAGGAGCAGCAGCUCUCAAUGACACCCAGACCUGUCCCUCAUCCCGUGCCCCUGCUGUCCCUGGGCUGGCCGCUGGCUGCACCGUGCCCCUGGAGCCGGCCGCCGCCGAGGCGCGGCCCCGCCGGGGCGGCCCCGCCCGCCGGGCAGCCUGGCAACCGCGGGGCAGCAGCCCGGCACAACGCCCGCGCGCGGCGGCCAUGAGGGCGGCGGGCCGGCGGGUGCCCGCGGCGGCGGCCGCCGGGGAGCCGGCCAGCGACGCCCGCGGCGAGCAGCCCCGUGAGCACGGCCGGCCCCGGCCCCCGGCCACCCCUGCCCCAGCCCGGCCCACCCCGCGGUGUGCCCCCGGGAGCCCGGCCGAUCCCCGCGGCUCCUCGCUGAUGUCCCCCAGCCGCGCGGCAGGGCAGAAAUGUGUGUGUGUUGAGCCUCCUAGGAGAGUUAAAGAAAUACUGGAGGAGCACUUUCAUUUUCAGGAAGAAGAAUGCAAUGUUAAACAUCCAGCUGCAGUGGCUCUGGAAGGAGUUUGGAAUGUGAAGAACAAUUUCUCCAUUAGAAACCUGAAACCAGUGUCACAGAACAGCAACGAUUUACUUUUACAGCCUGAAUUCUACUCAAGACACACAAGAAUGAAAAAUUGCUGAAUGUCAGUGCUGUGAAGACCUGAGCCUGCUUUGAUGUGUCAAAUCAAACAUCAGCAUAACUAGCUACCUUUGGUAAUGUUGAUGUUUAUUUAUACAAUUUUGAAUAAAGUUCUAUUUGAAUAUAGAGCUAGUCCUUUUUGUUGUUUUAUUCAUAUCCUCAUGCUAUUUUUUAAUCUGAUGUUGUAAGUAGCCAAAUAUGAUCCAUAUUUCCACCAGUGAUGAAAACGUCACAAUCCAAAGAUUACAAAAUGUUCUUGCUGAAAAACAUGCCACUGUGGAAGUCAAUAUUUUCACAGUUUUCUCUUUUGCAAAGUGAUUCUAAGUUCCAGUAGAUUAUUUUAAUGUCAUUGAAAAAAUACCUGUGGGCCUGAUAUUUCUGGGUUUGAGAGAAUUUAGCCUGCUAGCAGCUGCUAACUUUUUUCCCCAAGGGAAAAUUUCUCAAGAAAGCUUCUUCUCAAAACAAUCUCGGCAAACAACUAUCCUUUCUCAAAACAAUCUUUCUCCAGGUGGUGUUUUGCCUUCUAGUUCUCAAAAAAAAAAAAAAAAAAAAAAAAAAGUUUUAGCUGUUUCUCUAGUUUAACCAAUGGGAUUAGAGAGGUGUCGUUCCUAUUCACCAAUCAUGUUAAGUCUGUAUCGGAACACCUUAUAAAAAGUAGGAAGAAUUAGACAAUAAAGCUUUUCUAUGCUCUUCACCUUCUGAAAUAUUUGGAUCUCUCAUCUUUUUUUUUUUUUUUUUUUUUUUUUUUUUUUUUUUUUUUUUUUUUUU